CCUCUCUGCGGCGUUGGACUUCACUGAUGCGUACUCUUGAAUUUUUAUUGUACCUUUAUGCCAGAAUUGAGAUAGAAGCCAUCAACUUCGCCUUCGAAGACUGCAUAUUUGGCGGCUUUUAACGAUGGCGCCCACGCAGACGAGACGCAAAUCAACCGGUGGCAAAGCUCCCAGGAAGAGGAACAUGUCGGCUCGCUAUAGUCAUUUCGAAGAUCACGCUGGCCGAACCUACACGGUUGUCCGUGGUGGUGGGUUGUCCGAGAACAUUGCCAAGCUUGGCAUCCAGCUCUACUGUUUAGGCAGCCCUCACCCAUCGCCGGAGGAUUUAGGGAACAGCUUUCUCAAUUGCGAUGCUAUUGAGGGUUGGGGAAAUGCGAGAAAUCGGUGGCCGAGGGUCGAUGUGCACUCCAAUUUCAGCAGCAUUGAAGAAUGCGUCGACCAUCAUCGUCGUGAAAAGGCGUACCGAAUGCAAGCCGUCCAAGACAUGAGAGAGAAUGCUGUGGCGGGUCUGUCGGAGGAAGCUGCAAACGAAAAGCUCAUCAACGAAAUCCGGGGCAAAGAGCCGUUGCCUCAUAUAGUACCAACUUGGUGCCCAUCUGCGAAAUUCUGGACCCAAUACAAUGACGCGAACCGUUAUCGAAGCUGGAUUAUCGUCUUGCCAGAGGGAUGUCUGUCGUGGGAAGAUGUCAUUGAGAAGGGGAUCUACCAAGUCAGUUUUGAUCUCGACAUCACACCCGCGAUGGAGACGGAAAUGUACGACUGUGAUAUUGAAGAGGACACCCUGUUAGAUGGUGAGAAGCAUGGCUGGGUUGAAGUGGAGAAAUCGGGCCUCGAAAAGUGUCCGCCAGUUCAGACUAGACUUCUCUGUGCUCGUGAACAGCCACGAGAUGCUUUUCUUGGCCUUGAGGAGGUCGACGAUAUCAAUCGUAUUAGGGAAGCCCUGGAUGGAUGGAAGACACCUAGCCAUGAGAGCACCUUAAGCAGUGCUUGGCAGGAUGCUGUAUCUGGGUUGUGGGACUGUACCUACCGUCAACCGUCCUGUGAUGGCUGUUAUGAGGGGGAACCGCAUGACUUAUGCGAGGUUGAGUUGGAUGAGCACUAUUUCGAUGAGGAUGGGCAGUGCAUUGCCUGUCGGAGAGUGACCGAGUACAGACGUCGGAGCAAAAGGAUAGCGGCUAUGGGUGGCUAGAAGAUGGGACUCGAGGUGUAAGCUAACCGACUUGGAAUAUCAUAAGAUUAUGGUUCGUAUCAUCAAAGAGCUGAGCCUUGUAUUAGGCAGUAGAUGAGUGGCCCUCACUGUCUACAUCAACCGCAGGUGCAAAAUGGCUCCUGAGGACCUUGAACAGGAAGACGCCCCUGAGCCCAUGUACCUGACUCGUGAUCCAUAUGAUCGCCCG